CACAAAAACAACACGCACACACAUGUACACACACACACACACACACGCUACCCCUCACUCUGCCUCAUUCCACAGAUUCAAGCCUGGCCACAUUGAAAAUUCAGCGUUCCUUCGUAUCUUCGGUACUGAGUGGGAGCGCGUUAGGCUACUUCUCUUUCCCACCAAGCUACCCACUCCACACCCCCGCAGCGACGCUACUCGUCUUACCCUAAACUCGCGAUCGCUAGAGGGAUAUGGGGGAGGGGGAAGGCAAGCUAAAUGCAGAACACUGUCAAAUAGGAAUAGCUGCGGAGUACUUGACUGAGUACAGCUGGGCUUAGGGGGGAAAGAAGCCAGUCCAUGGAACCCAUAUAAAUAAUCGCAUCACAUACCAGGUUGUUCAAAUUUCCCUUAGGAUGUCUAGGCAAUACUAACCGAAGAAGGGCCUGACUAGGCAACAGAGCGGAGGAGGCACCAUGGGGGACAGUGGGACCCUGCAUACAGAGGGCAACGCCCUCCUCAAAGCGGUCUUCCAGGGCAAGCUUCGGCUGGCCCGCCUACUGCUGGAAGGAGGUGCCUACAUUAACGAGGGCAAUGAACGAGGGGAGACGCCCAUUUCCGCUGCCUGUCUGGCCAGUUACGAGGACCCCCAGAGUCGGCAAAAGAUGGUUCGUUAUCUUCUGGAGAAAGGGGCAGACCCCAACAUCCCGGACAAGUCCGGCCGGACAGCCUUGAUGCAUGCCUGUGCCGAGCAAGCUGGCAAAGAAGUGGUGUCCCUGCUCCUGGAGAAUGGAGCAGACCCCAGCCUCAAGGACUACUCUGGGUCUUCCGCACUGGUUCAUGCCAUCAACAAGGGCGACCGGGACACACUGCAGGUCCUGCUAGAUGCCUGCAAGGCCAAAGGCAAGGAGGUCAUCAUAAUCACCACUGACACGUCUCCUUCGGGUACCAAAAAGACUAAACAGUACCUCAACUCUCCCCCGUCCCCAGGGGUGGUUGACAAAGUUUCCCCUGUCGCAUGCAUGUCACCCUCGGAGGUGGAGAUCCGCACCUCCUCCUCCCCAGCAGGCGAAAAGGAGGAAGAGGAAGGAAUUUUUCGCUUUGCGCUCACCUCUGCCUUACCUCUGCCCUCUGCCCGUCCUCCUGGGGAGAAACGAGCUCCCCCUCGCAAGCUCCUCAAACGGCUCAACUCGGAGCCCUGGGGACUGGUGGCCCCCUCUGUGCUGAGCGGCGCUCCACAGGACAGGGGGGAUGGCGACCUGCAGGAGGAGGACAAGGUGGUUUUGGACAUGAAUGGCCUGUCCAUCUCGGGCCCCGGCAGGCCCCUCCUGUCCCGCAGGCACAGCAUCGAGACACACGACCCCUGCUCACCCAAACUCAUCGACCGCUCCUGCUCUGAGGACUGUGCGGCCCUCUGUGGUUCCUCAUGGGCUGACAAAGUGCAACAGCACCAGAUACUGUACCGCAGGAACACUGCACCUGAAACUCAGGAGAAUGCAGCCCCGGCCGCUGUGACCGUCCGUCCCUUAGCCCACCCCAAACUGACUCGAAUGGACCACUAUGAGUCUGAGACGCACCUGUGUCCUGAGUCCAUACCGGGGUCUCCAGACUCAGGCCGGAUUUCAGUGGAGCGUCGCAAGUACAACGCCUCCCCUCUCUCCCUGCUGACCAGUUCCUCACGGGAGUCCUUGGAAAGUAUCCCAAACUCUGUGUCGCCCAUUACCAUGCGGCGUCGGCCUCCAGGGCUGCUGGAAAGAAGGGGGUCUGGCACCCUCCUCCUGGAUCACAUUUCCCAGACGAGGCCCGGUUUCCUGCCCCCGCUCAACGUGAACCCCCAGCGACCCAUCCCCGACAUCCGGGCCAAUGGCAAACCCACAUCCCCGGUGCACUCCGGCCACAAGAUCCUGGUGCCUGUGGCCCCCACAUCCCCCAAGCGGGGCCAUGAUUUCAAGCUGAAGAAGAAGCUGAUGAGGAGGCACUCCAUGCAAACGGAGCAAAUGAAGCAGCUUUCCACGUUCCAGGAGAUCCUGGCAGAGAAGGUGAUUGAGUUUACUGGGGACUAAGACAUGCAGGCGACAGGGGUUGAAAGCUGGGGAGGUGGGUGGCGUGCUGCCGGUGGGAAUAAAAAUAGCAAACGAUAAGGUCAAUUUUCCUUCCAUUACAAAUAAUUAGGAACCACUUUUUCCAUCCUUAACCUUUCUUCAAUGCCAUUUAAUUUCUCCUCUCCAGAGAAGGCAUGCCUAAUAUGUAUUGAAUAUGGAUGCUUUGCUUAUUUUGGUUUGGGUGACCUAGUUUGCUUGGUUGUUUCCUUUUUUAGUGCAGUGCAGAGCUGGAAAAUCUCAUUAAUCAUGUAGUUGGUUUGAAUGCUGAUGUUCUAUUAAUAUUUCUUUUCAGUGUAUUUUAGAUGAGGAUUUAGUUAUAUACAGUUCAUGUUUAAAGGACAAAUUAAAAAUUUUGUGACUGGAUUAGAAAAAAAUAGAUCCCUGAUAUGAUGUGGGCAUAACAGAAAUUAGGACAUGCAUGUUCUCAAAUCUGAUAUCACUAGGAUUAUCAUGAUGAAAAAAAUGUUUUUAGACGUAUGUAUGUUAACACAGCAGCUGUAAUGUUUUUCAUUUCAGAUGAGGUACAACAUUACUAAUCGACCCUGCUCUUGGAGAUCUACCAUCUGAAAGGUUUUCCCUCCAACCCUAAGAAUGCACACCUCAUUCAACAGUUAGUAGUAUCAGGUGCGCCAAAUUAGGGUUGAAAUAAAAACCAACAGGGUGUAGGAUCUCCAGAAACAGGGUUGGUUACCACUGAGGUACAACAAACUACAAAAAUCUCCUAUUAGGACAAAUUACCAAUGAACACCUUUUACUAUCAAUUGAAGGACAAUUAUUAUAUUAUAUGUACAAUUAUUAUAUAUACUAUAUAUAGUGUAGUUCACAAGAAAUAAUUCAUUAUUGAUAGUUAUUUUAUUGAAUUCAAGUAUACUUCACCCAUACACAUCAUAGUUAUUCAAGCCACCACACAUUUGACCUACCCAUAGCAUUCUAUAAUUGCAAUUCACUGCUUUAUUAUGUACCCAUAAAGGUAAUCUAAUCGAAGAUAAAGUCAUACCAUAGGAGAGAUCUUUUUAUGAACAUAUUAACAUAUUUGACUGAAGUGCAAUUUAUGUGACUCUAAAUUCCAAAGAAACUCCAGCAAAAUGCAUAAAUGAAAAAAUAAAUGACAAAAAAAUAAAAAUAAAAAAUAAAAAAUGCUAAUUUAAAGACUACGGCAGACUUUCCCAAAUCAAUGCACAUUUGUGCCAAGGAGCUGCACAAAUAAAAUGUAAAUAGUGUAUUUAUUCAAUGAAAAUAUUUGUGUUUUAUAUAAGACAUCGUAUAUAUAAGAUGUGUGCAAUAUGCUGUACUGCUUUACUAAGUCAAUUACUUUCAUGUGGUGGGUGUGAGGUGCUCUUUUAUAAUUUGCCAGAGGCCACCGGAGAACAUCUGCUGGUUAUCGACAUAUAGAACUGAGAUGCGGCACUGAAUGCAACGGCAGUUUACAGUGUAAUACAUUUUCUUGUGAGGUUGUACAGUUAGAAAAAAAAAACCUACAGUGUUAACAUGCUAGGUUGUGAGCAGGAAAGUCUUCAGACAUUUAUAAUGUCUACUCUUACAUGUUGUUGUAACAACGAUGUUUUCAAGCUUACAAUAGGACAUUUGCGUCUAUUUUACAAAUUUGAGCUUCUGUUUGAAAUAUUUCUGUCUUGAAAUAUAAAGUGCAACAAAAUAUAGUGUUCAAUUCUGGUGGUUUAACUACAUGUAUUAGAUAUUUAGAACAAACAAAGGAUAUUUUUCUAUGCCUGUUACAAAAUAGCAAUGUUCAUUGUGAUUUUGCCUAUAUUUUGUUGUUUGAAAUGGAUUGUAAUACAAUUGUGGAGCAAUCAUAGGUUUUAAUGUUGAUAUUUAGCUUUAUGUUUGAGUGGAAUUAGAAAGCAAAUAUUUUUAAAGAUAUUACAAAGAAUUGUUUACCAGGCCUCUCUUGAAAAAGAGAUCAUCAAUCUCAGCGGGACCAUGUGAGAAAGUAACGGAGGAGUAGAAAUAUCGACUGUAAAUGACUGUACACCACAUUUGACAUAUCAGUCUGGCUGCUGAUGAGUGGGGUCAGUCAUGUUUCCGUCUCCCUUGAGACCAGUGCCUAUGUUUACAGUUUGCAGUUACUGAAUGAAUGUUUGCUAGAGAAAGAUUGAUUUAAAAAAGCUCAAGUAUCUGUCUGAAACAUCAUUACAUUUAACAAACCCCUAUUAACCAUGACCAAAGACAAAAACACACAUUUGCCAUUCACCUGUAGGCAUGAAGUGUUGACGCGUCCAAACAUCUGGAUGGUUUUCCAUAGGAGCAGUCCCAGAAGGUGAAAGCUAUUGUUUGAUUUCAUAACAGCAGAGUUGGUCAUGCCAACUUAUUGUCAAUAUUAAAUAAAUGCCAAAAAGUUUUUAGUGGUGUAGGUGGUUCAGAUCAAAACCCGAAGGGAAGAAGUGCUUUAGAAUGUUCUCUGAUCAACUUAGGUUCCAUGAGAGGUGGAAAAAGAGUAGCUAAACAUGUAAAUCAUUAUAAAUCAAUAAGGAGUUUUGGGCCAUGUGAUAUCACAAAAAUGGGUAUGUUGGGGAACAGGAAAUAGAUAUCUUACAUGUCAGUGUUGGUAUUUGGAAAACAUUAGCAUGACUUAUUUUGCUCUGUGGAACACUGUGAUUACAACAAUCAAGCUAAUAAGAAACUUGUGCAUUGUGAAUCCUUAGAUGGCCUAACAGCAAGACAGCUGCUUUUGUGGACCUGAUAAAAUGUAUGAGGUAGUGCAGUUUUUACAACUGCGAACAUGCUUUUUCAGAGCCACUACUGCCCAAUUACAUCAAGCAGUGAAUCAUACGAUGGCAAAUGGUCUUUGGCUUAUUUCCCAAACGAUUACCAACAAAGAUACUUCUUGUUGCCCUUAGUCCAAGGGCAUGACCAGUAUGGUCUCUGGUGUGUUAACAACAAUAACUUUACACAGCAUUUGCUGUACUUUUUCAUCUCGCAUUUGGCACACUUAGGAAAGGCUUCUGUGUACGCUUGUUCUCAUAGCUUUUUGUCCUUAGCUGGGCCCCACCAUGCCGCAUACAUAUCUGAUUAUUUUGUUUAACUACAUUUUUUUUCUGCCAAUGUUGUCAACACUCAGUCCUUCAACCUAUAUAUCCCACAUUUGUCUUUCCCUCUCGAUGUAUGCCUCAAUUCUCAUUUUUACUGCCUACAACCUUUAUGCUUCCACACGAUGAACUCCUGAUCUGGCAAAACAUUGACAAUUUAUAUUUCAACUUCCUGAAACGAUGAAGAAAAAACCGGUGAGAAAGAUUGGCUGUUUAUCACUUCCCUAUGUCACUUGUCCCGAUUUGAAAUUAAAAUAGGCGCUCUGCCAGUGUGCCACGUAGUUGUUUGCAUCUGCUGGUUUUGAUUGCCGUGCUUGUGAUGUCACCUCAUAAAUCAAGUUAUUAACUAUAUAAAUUCCUGCUGGCUAAAUGUUCAUUUUAGGGCUGGAUUAAAUCACCAUUUGUCCUUACAUUUGACUUAAGAAAAGAAAAAGAAAAAAACAUUGACUGCAAUGUGAUUUGCGCUCAGCUGUCUUGCAAAAGAUAUGCAAGUCUAGGCAGCGCCUGAAUGGUUUCUGUACAUUUACAGCUGUAUAAAUGGAUUGUAUGUAACAGAUUGUAAGCUGUAUACAUUGCACAUGAUAAGAGUAUCUGCUAAAUGCCUAAAAAAAGUCUAUAUUCACCCUUAGUUUUUUCUAAAUUGCUGUAUUUAUGUGUAUUUAUUUUUGCUGCACAGAUAACAUGUCAAUAAGCUAAUAAUUGUAAAUAGGAAACAAUUUUGUGUGCUAGUGACAUCACCCUCCUUUCAAUUGCUUUUUGACACAUCUGUUCUAUAUGACAGGAUAUGCGUUAAUACAAGUAUCAAAAACUGAAAGAAACAGGAUCAGUAUCAUUAUACAAGCAGCAUCUUGGUAAUGAGAUAUUUGUGGUGUCUAUUUUAAGCCAUAACCAAAAAAAAUAAAAUAAAAUCAGCGUGUGUCUGAGGUCACAUUGUACUUGCAUGUGCCCACAAUUCAGGCUAAUUACUCUUUAUGCUAAAAUGUCCAGAACUCAGAAUCAGAUUAAUUGUGUCAGUUAGUGUUCAUAUGCAACUAAAAUUUAGGGUUUGGUCUUUAUUUGACAGCCUUAGUAUGCAGCCAUUUUGAAUGAGAAAUGAGUCAUUCUAUGAACAGUACUCAACAUGGAACAAGGAACAGUACUCAAAGGUCAGUAUUAAUAUGGGGUUUAUCCCUGAUGCUUAAAAUAGGUACUGCAAAUCAACGUUAUGAGGUAAAAAUGUUACAUUCCUCCGCUCAACAGAAAUGCCAUAACCUCAACUCAGCAAAACGUGUUUAUAUUGAACGUCUGUGUGUUCAAACACCCUUAACUGCCUACGUUAAUAUUUGAAACCACAAAUUUUAAAUAUCAGCGAAAAGAGCAAGAAAGAGAACUAUACCAUGUCCAAAGCAUGCAGCAGUCUGGAGUAGAACAGCAAUUGUGUCCGGACUGAGCUGUCAGCUAAUACAUUGUUUUUAUAACAUGGAACAAGCUUAUUUUUUCUGCAGAACUUGACCCUACCACAGACCACAUCGCCAUUUUUCACGAGGGGCUCAUGCUCUAACCGAUAAUAAUCUAAAUGGAAAUACGCAUUGUUGAAUGGGUACAUGCUUCCUUUGUUUUUAAUCUGAUACAAAUUGUUUGUUUGAAUGUGAAAUAAAGUCGGGUGAGAGUCUGAGAGGUUGCAUUAUGCAGGUCCACAGUAGUCUUGCUUUAAUUGCAAUGGGGAGCCAAGCAAAGCGCGCACUCUCAUCCAUUCACAAAGAUGUCUUGCUCGACAGGCUUCAGGUGUUCUGAUCUGUCGGAGGGCAAGACCCUGGAUUACAGGAAUGGACCAAUUGACUGUAUCAAUGGCCCAUAUAAUGAGUGCCAAAGGCCACUAGGCAGGCCAGUGCACUGAGAGAAGAAUACACUGAGGGACCCUGCGGACUGGUCUCUUGAGACACAUUAUUUUGCUGCUGCCACGCAACGUUAAUGUGCUGUUUGUUUCCCGGUAUAUUGUGCACUACACAGGAGGUUCGCAUUUCAAGUGUCCACACACGGCGCUGGGAGACCUGAGGAAACAACUUUGUGUUGUGUGAGUGACAUUUGAUGUCAAUAAAAACUCUUUUAUGACCAAA